CCUGGGAGCGCGCGGCUUGCUCCAGGCCGGCCCGUGCCGCUCCUAGAUCAGGAACCGGCCAGGCAUGGAACUAGUGGCACCGGGUAGGUUGUUGGGAAGGAGACGCCUGCCCCCAAGCCACAGGUGCAAGCAGCGAGCGGCUCCCUGCUCUGGCGGCCAGCACAGAGCAUGUGCAGAAGGAUGUGGUUGAGUUUCUGAGUGGAACAGAAACUCUCCGGUUCAUGCCUGUAAUUUACUUUAGGUCUGGGUAGAGCACAACAGGAAUAGACACGGGGUUUUAAUUUCUUCUCCCCUGCAGCAUCUAAAAGGUGAGUGUGUGGGGCAAGAUGAUUGGAGUUUCUUAGGCGAUUGGCCCAGGGAUGUGAACCAGAAGGUUCAAGGAAAAAAGAAAAUAUCAGGCAAGAUAUUUUGUAGUAAUCAUUUAGUACCCACAGCGUGCUCCAGGUGCAGAGACUGACUCUUCCUGCUCCAAGGAGCAUACAGUCUGAAAUGACAAUAAUCUUACUACAGCUUGCACUUAGAUAAAACUCUUCAUCCAAGGAUCUCUGUAAACGCAUUUAAAAAGAUGGCUGUGGCUAUCUCUGGGUUUAUAGAUGAGGAAACUGAGGCCCACAGAAGUGUAAUGGCUGCCUCAAGCCAGUGGCUGAACAAAAAUAAAUGUCUAUUUAGUAUUUAGAACGUUUGCAAUUCAAAUGGAAUUUCUGGCAACCAAAGGGGUCAUGUCCAUACUGGGUACUGUGCUGGCUGUUUUAGCUAUAGCUGUUUUUCAACAUGGUUCUGGUCUGGAAUCUGCCCAACAGGGUAGGUGUUAUUUUCUGAGAGUCAUGUUGGAGUCAGUCCCCAAAUUACUUAGUACAUUUAGCGCUGUUUUGUAAUGUGGUUCAAAGACCAAACUCCCUUUUAUCCAUGCUGAUCAGGGAAAGUAGUAGACCCCUGUGAGACAUAUUUUUCACAGGCAAUGAAAUGCUUUUCUUGAACACACUUUUUUUGGGGAACAUGGGGAACACUUGAUCCUCCAACCAUUUUAUGAAACUAUAAUAUAAUUACCUACAUUAUUGGGACAGCAUGAGUAGCAGGAUGAAACUCCCCUAUUCACACUAACCAAGGAGAUGGUUGUUGACCUGGGUUGUAGCACUAUUGUAUUUAAACACGAAUAAUUUAGCUCAGUUCUCUAGUACGAACAAAGCCACAGUAGUAUUGUGCAUGAGUGCUGAGGGUCCUGCAAAGAGUUACAUGUGACAUUAAUUGUAAUGGAAGUCAACAAGAUUUCUCACCUGCAUAGAAGUUCAGCAUGUGUAUGACUCUUUGUAGCAUUGAGGGCCUAUGUUGUUUAUACCUCAGUGCAGAUUUUCAUGAUGUGUCUGAAGGAGCAGUUAAGAAGCAUUUAACAUUUUUAAUUAACACAUUUUAAUGUUUUAAUAAUUUUUUCAGCCCUGGACUAUAAAGGCUUUGAAGGGGCAGUAACAGUAAGUAGGUGGGUGAGGGAAUCAAACUUUGUCUUUUUAAAAAUGACACUGUCGGGACUGACAACUUUGUUUUUAUUUGAAGCCAUAGUUGUGUAUAUCGUGCCUGUCUCCUGCUUUGCUUAGUUGCUCUAUUCUUGAGAACAAGAAGAGAGCACAUUCUUAAAUUGAUAUAUUUCAUUUCAAUACCCAGAAUGCUGACAGAACGUUUUAAGGGCAGGAUGAGCAUAGUGAGAUGCAUACAUGCCCCUGCUGUUUCUGGGGAGUGUGGCUGUGUGGAUUUGUUAAAAAUCAGUUAUGGGAGAGUAUUAAUGCAAUAAUAUAUUGUAGCUUUUUUUAACCACUUUUUUCACUGGGAGAAAAACAGCAGUGAUAUAUUUUCUUUGGCGUAGAAGGUAGUUUUUUUUAAAAAGGAUAAUAAGGAAAUGGAAUUUGUUGCUCUUAUAUAGUGCCCCUUUAAGAAGUUGUGAGAUAGUCCGGAAUGGAUCCAAAGUAGUGGUUAUUAUGAUAUACCCUAACAAUAAUUAUGUAGUAUGUAUUAGUGUUUGAAUUUGCGAGCAUUAAGAAAACAAACCAAAGACAUUUGCUUUCUAAAAUCUGCAUAAAAAUAUUAAGCAUUUUCCUUGAAAUGACAGAAGAAAAAAAAUGUAAAGAGAAGCCUAAAACUGUUCUUUAACCCUCCCCAUUUUGCCUCUUGUUCUAGCACAUCAGAUCUGCCAUACCAAGGACACUGGUGCUUGGAGCUAAUAACAGGAGUGAAUCAGCUUGGGGUGGUUCAUUGCAUCAUAAGUGGAACAUAAAGGAAAUGCUUGUAACACAGUUGGAUGAGGAAAAACCCAUUGCCUAGGAAGAGAAAUUAAAUUGAUGGACAGUCUGUACUAGAGCCAUGGGAUGUGGCACUUCUGUGACUGGGAGUCGGGCAAAAAAGUCAGAGAGAGCAAUUAAAGCAGCUAUCCUCAUUCAGAGGUGGUAUCGGUGUUACAUGGCCCGGCUGGAGAUGAGGCGGCAGUACGCUCUUAGUAUCUUUCAGUCAAUUGAAUAUGCUGAAGAACAAGCUCAGCUACAGCUGUCCAGUUUUUUUACAUUCAUGCUGGAUCACUUUACUCAUCUCAACGUGACUGAUACAGGUUCGGAUGUACAAUUACUAGAAUAUGAGCGGAUGAUAGAGGUCCCAGACUCCUACCGUGGACCUCGGCUGUCAUUUCCCCUGACUGUUGCGGACACUAAUUCACUUCUUCAUGCUUUCAAGGAUCAACAGCAUCUUCAUGCCCGCUAUGUCCUACAGCUGCUACAUGAAACCAAGAAACUCCUUAAACAGAUGCCUAACAUCAUUCAUCUGUCAACCUCCUACUCCAAGGAGAUAACCAUCUGUGGUGAUUUGCAUGGAAAACUGGAUGAUCUUUUGCUGAUAUUCUACAAGAAUGGCCUGCCUUCAGAAGAAAACCCUUACCUUUUUAAUGGAGAUUUUGUGGAUAGGGGGGAAAAUUCCACAGAAAUACUUAUUAUCUUGUUUGCCUUUCUUCUUGUCUACCCCAACCAUUUACACUUGAACAGAGGGAACCAUGAAGACCAUAUCGUGAAUCUGAGAUAUGGCUUCACAAAAGAAGUUAUGAAGAAGUACCGGUCCCAUGGCAAAAAAAUUUUAAAUCUUCUGCAAGAUGUUUACAGCUGGCUUCCCCUUGCCACUGUAAUUGACAGCAAAGUACUAAUCGUACAUGGAGGAAUAUCAGACACCACUGACUUGGAUUUCCUGAAUUUAUUUAAGAGAAAUAAGAUGAAGUCUGUGCUGAGACCACCAAGGCAGGAUAUUGCUGUCAAAGGAAUGACCAGGCCUUCAUCAUCAUCUAGCCAUAGAAGACAAUACACCAGUGAUCUGUUGGAUGUUGGGAAGCACAUGUGUCUACUUCAUGAUGGUGUGAACUCUGGCCCACUCCUAGAGGCACGGUAUCUAGAAUCCAGUGUUUGUAUGCCUAGCAUGCCUUCAGAAUUAACAGCAAAGGAAUGGAAACAAGUGGUUGAUAUUCUUUGGAGUGACCCAAAAAACCAAAAUGGCUGCACACCAAACAAAGUUCGAGGAGGUGGUUGCUACUUUGGGCCUGAUGUUACCGCCAGGCUGCUUAAACGGUAUAAUCUAAAGAUGCUGAUCAGGUCUCAUGAAUGUAAACAAGAAGGUUAUGAGAUCAGCCAUGAUGGGCAGGUUAUCACUAUUUUUUCUGCCUCUAACUACUAUGAAGAUGGCAGCAAUCGUGGUGCUUAUCUAAAACUGAAUCCUGAUUUGAUACCUCGCUUUGUGCAGUAUCAAGUCAGCAAAUGCACACGCAAACGGACUCUUCACCAGAGAGUGAGCGUAGUUGAAUGGGCUGCAUUAAAGUCAUUACGAGAGAAACUUUACUCCCGGAGAUCAGAACUCAUUGCAGCUUUCAGACAGUAUGACCCAAAUUACACAGGAAGAAUUUCUGCCACUGAAUGGGCCUCAGCAAUGGAAUCUGUUUUACAUCUGGAUCUCCCAUGGAGGACUCUGCGUUCUCGGUUGGUGCAGCUUGCUCCAGAUGGAAGUGUCGAGUAUCUUUCAUGUUUUAAUGAUUUGGAAAUAGAGCCAGCCAUAAAAGAGGUUCAACCAGCUUUGGUGGAAACCCUGUACAGAUACAGAACUGAUCUGGAGAUAAUCUUUAACAUCAUUGACAAAGAUCAUUCAGGUCUGAUUUCCAUUGAGGAAUUUCGCCAGACGUGGAAACUCUUCAAUUCUCAUCUCAAAAUCGACAUAGAUGAUGAAUCCAUUGACAAGCUAGCCCGCAGCAUUGACUUCAACAAAGAUGGCAACAUUGACUUCAAUGAAUUUUUAGAGGCCUUUCAUGUGGUUAAUAAAUUUGAAAACAAGUAGAACCGAAUUAAUUUCAGAAGUUCUUGUCCGUAGCUUGACUAUCUGCCAGUGAUGAUAUGCUGCACUGAGAAAUGUAAUGCCUGUCUGAGAAAGAAGGGACUGCAUGGUAAACAUAUGAGGUGGAUAACCAGAAGCAUGGUUCUGUUUGGGGAAGUCAUUUUUUAGCCAGUUGUAAACUGUGGACAGCUGCUAGACUGGAGAAUAUUAAUGAUGAGAGAGAAGAGACAAAAAACUUUAACAUGCUUCUUAUGAGGUGGUCACCUGAUGGUAGAGCAGGACACUGCCAUCUUAGCAACUUGUUUGAUUCCAGUCCUUGUUUCUUUAUCACUUGACCAUUGGGAACUUGAUCACUGCCAGUGUAGCUCCUUUAACCCUGUGGGAAGUUAAGAUGAACUUCUUUGUGUGGCUCAACAACAGUCCUCACAGAUUAGAAGAAUUGAUGUACUCUGAAGGAAGCCCUUUCUGAUAGGGAAAAGUAGAGAGAUCCUUCGGACCAGCUAUCCUGUGGUUGAAAACUGAGAGCAGAAACACCCAUUUACAGAAAUUAUUCUACACUUAAACUAGUAUUUUGCAUGAUGAUAAUAAAUUAAUAACUUCAGCUCACUACUACCUCUUUUACUAUUGUUUACAUACAUAGCCUAUUAUUUAAAUACAGAAAGUGCAUGAUCUUGUUACUGAUUCCCCCAUGCGCUAGGGUAGUUAAUAAACGUUCUUUUGAAAAGCCUUCCCUUAUGUGUUUUUUCUGAAUAGGUCUUAUUAUGAUAAGAAUGGAGAUCCAUUAAGUUUAAACUCAAAGAACGUUACUGUCUUUAAUGGGCAUAAAUAUGUGGUCAAUAACAGAAUAAAAAUCUUAGCUUUCAAAGCAAUUAGAAAUGCGGUAUAUUAUCCUGCUUCACUGCUCUUGGUAUUGUAUGGAUCACACAGUAAAAUGUUGAUUUCCUCCAUAAAUAACUUGAGUAUUUUAUUAAAGAGGAAUUGAUUAAGAAAAUGAUGGUAAUAAGGAAGCUUGGUGGCACUGAGCAUGAGAUGCUUCAACAUAGCAAAGAAAAAGUUCUUGGAUUUUAACAUCAUAUGGAAUGGGGUCAUGGAACAUAGCAAUACAAGAGGUUUAGAUUCCAAGAAAGCAAUGUGUGAGAUAUUAAGAAAAUGACUGAGCUUGGUACAGUGGGAGGAAGAAUUUCAAUGUAUGUUUGGAACAAUACUGGAACAUUCUGUGCCAUCAUAAACUGCAACAAAUGACACUUCCUCUGAAAGAGAAUAAAAGAAAGAAAGAAUAAUAGGUGGCCAGUGUGACUCUAGAAGGGACUGCUUAGUGAUAUUAAGGUUAGCAGAAGAAAUAGUAUUUGUGUGUGCAGAGAAUUAGCUUGCAAAAAAGCAGAAUCAACUAGUGUGAUACAAGGGGGAUAAGUGGAGUAAUAAAGGCCUAUAGGUGAGCUUGUGAAGUCUUACUUUAACAACAAAAUGUUCUGGCCAUUGGGGCCUAAUCCCACUCUCACUGAAGUCUAAGAAUAUUUUUCCAUUGACUUCAUUGGAAGGAUCAGUGCCAGUUAGAAGCCCUGAAGACCUUGUGAGUACUGCAUGA